CUCGCGUACCAACUCGUACCUAGUAACAAAAGGGUGGAUUAAUGGUACGAAAUUGCGGAUUCACACAAAUCGGUCGGCCUACUUUAUAAUCACUGAUAAUUACAGCUGUCAAGUUUUUUUUUAUUUGUUUGGGGGAAUUGAAGCAAAAUGUCCCCAGGUUGUUGUGCAGUUGGAUGCAAGAAUCGCGACGAACGUAAAAGCCGCAAAAAAGGCAUCACCUUCCAUCGCUUCCCGUUGAGUCAACCUGAGAGAGCACAACGGUGGAUUGCCCACACCAGGCGAGCCAAUUGGAAGCCUAGACCGUGGUCCAAGCUCUGCUCCAUACACUUCAAAGAAUCCGACUUCGAUAGGACUGGUGCCACCACGAGACUCAGGGAAAAUGUCAUUCCGACAAUCUUUGACUUCCCAGAUAAUCCGAAGAAAGCUGGAAAGGAAAUAGAACUUCUGGAGGCCCCACCUGCAUUGCCAAAGCCCACCGCAGAAAAACCUGACGCACCAAGCAAAGCCGUGGAGAAGCCCAACAUCACAGCAGUACACACGUCACUACCAGAGUCGCACGAUCACUGCUAUUUCACCCGCGACACACCGGUGGUCUUGAAGCGUAAACUGGACUUCACUUGUGCCAAGCUGUGCAGCGUCAACAAACGCUUGAGGAUGACGCAACAGAAAUGCCGACGCCUGGAAAAGAAGGUGUGUUCUCUGGAAGCGACCAUCUACGCGUUACAGGAAAAGAGACCUUCAGCGGCUGCCAGUCUCGACGUUUUGUCGGAGACUUUGCCGGGUAUAGCCGUCGAGCUGUUGAAAAGGAUGUCAAGGAGUAAGAAGAGGGGAAAAGCGUGUUACGGGGAAUACCCGGCCGUGGUUGCGGACUUUGCCUUGAAGCUGAUGUCUCUGUCCCCCAAAGCGUACUUUUACACCCGGAAGAGUUUUGAUGGCGCGCUCCCACAUCCCUCCCUCUUGCGGAGACGGCGCAGUGUGAAAAAAGAUGAAGCAAAAGAGCUAGGCUCCGAGCAAGAAGACUUGAACGCCAUGACUGAGCUGUCGCUUGUGAGUCUGAUGUCCACUGAGGAGCUAUCACAGUUGCUGCUUCCCCAAACUAAUUCAGAUGUUUAAACGCCUGAAAUAAAACCAGCUGUUUGGUUGAUUUUCCUCAGAAUAUUCAUUCGUUACCUCUCCAGUUUUGGUAUAUUGGUCAGUGAGUUCUGUUUUGUACUGUUUUCUUGUUAUGCAAAGCGCAACGUUCAGUUGCUUUGAGUUGUCCUAUAAAAGUACGGUACAACUUGGUGUAACGAACACAAUGGGUUCCACAGCAGUUGUUUAAAGCCAUCACCAGUUGGUAUUAUUGUACAUAAGAACAAUUAUCUAAGGUGGAUGUUCAUUUUGCCAAAUGUUUUUUAUAUUUAUGUUACAUUACAAAUGUUACAUUUUUUCCUUUUAAGAACAAGAAACAUAAAAAGUGUAAUUGAAUUGAAUAUAUUUUACCUUCAUAAACUUCGUAAAGCAUGUUGUUAAAUGCUAAAGCUUCUUGUAAAUUUGAAAGAUGAUAAAAUAAGGUUUCAAUGUUUUAAUCUAA